AUGGUGCCUGGGGAGCACCGCGCGUGGGGGGCGUACGAUGUGUUGCUCAAAGUCAUUGUGAUCGGCGAGUCGGGUACCGGAAAAAGCUGCCUCGUGCACCAUUUCGUCGAGAACGAGUUCCAGAGCCGCGCGACACAGACGAUCGGCGUCGCGUUUGCGAGUCGCAUCCUUUCGGUGGCCGGGAAGCAAGUCAAGCUUCAGCUGUGGGAUACUGCGGGUCAGGAGCGCUUCCGCUCAGUCACACGCAGCUACUACCGGGGCGCGGCGGUCGUCGUGCUCGUCUACGACAUCACUCAGUACGUCGCCACGCUCACCAGACGCUCGACCUUUGCGCAGAUACAGCGGUGGCUGGACGACGCACGCGCGCUUGCAUCGCCGCACGCAAUCGUCGUGCUCGUCGGCAACAAGCUCGAUCGCGAGGCCGAGGACCGCGAGGUGAGCUUCCUCGAGGCGAGCCAAUGGGCGAGCGAGCACCGCAUCCUCUUUACCGAGACCUCGUCGCUGAACGGCGAGAAUGUGCAGGUGCCGUUUGUGCUCGGCGCGCGCGCGGUGCUCCUCGCCAUCGAGUCGGGGCGCCUGAACCCCGAGCGGGCCGACUCGGGGAUCGCCUACGGCGAAGGGGCGGAGCGGCAGCACGUUAGCGAGUCGCCCUUUUCAUUCGCCGACUCGUCGCUGCACGACCACCGGAUACGGCUCGCGCCCUUCCGCCUCGACGGGCCCCGCACGAUGAGCCGCUGCUGCUGGCAGGCAUAA